CUUCUCGCCUCCUUCGCUUCACGGAGCGCUUUUCGCUGGAGCCCGGCGGAGCUGAUGCGAGUCUUCAGGGCGCUGCAGUGACUCUCCGCUCGCUUCCAGCGAUGUGUUGGAGCUAAAAAAAAACAGAAAAAAGUUUUUUGUUGUUGUUUGUUUUGUUUUGUUUUCAUCACUGAUACAGCCCUCUGCCUCUCCCUCCCUCACUGUGGACAAGGAAUUGGAAGUGAAGCUGCAUUCCAGCGGGGCUCUGGAUUAAACUUCCCCAAGAGCGUUGGGCUGUCGUCAUCAUGUUCCUCUACGUCCUAUGCUUCCUACUGGCCUCUGAAGUGGCGUUCUCCACUGACUGUCCAGAAUCCUGUUCCUGCAUCUCCCCAAACUCAGUGUUUUGCAUUUACAGGCGGUCCAGCACUGUACCCCACGUCCCCGUCUCCACCCAGCAUCUAUACGUCUUUCAGAACGACAUAGAAACUUUGGUCCAAGAUGACUUCAAAGACAUUGUCGAGUUGGUGUCACUGGACAUGAGCCAGAAUAAGUUGGUGGAAAUUCCUGACAUGGCUUUUAAGUCGCUGUCUAAAUUAAAGAACUUGGACCUUUCUGCUAACCAAAUAACUCACAUUUCCAAAGACAGCUUCUCAGGGUUGGUCCAGUUAGAGAGGCUGUAUCUCCAUGGAAACCUCAUUCAGAGCAUUCAUUGGGAAGCUUUCGAUGGUUUAGAGAUGCUGUUGGAGUUGAAGCUGCAAGGAAACAAGCUCACCUCCCUGCCUUUUCUCAAUUUCCCCAGGCUACUUCUUUUAGACCUCAGUGACAACAAGCUCCCAUCUUUGGAACAUUCACAUCUUCACACUCCUCAUCUAGAAGCCCUGAAAUUGUCCUCAUUAGGGCUACCGUCAUUGGAUGAACAUCUUGUAGCCUCCCUGAGAAACCUUCAUGAACUUGACUUGUCAAUGAAUCAGUUCAAGGAAGUCCCUCAAGCCCUGAAGCAGGAGUCUCUCAAGGGGCUUACGAAACUAAGCCUGGCUGCUAACCCACUUUUUGAGCUGAGGGCGAGUGACUUUCAGCAACUGGUUGCACUUCAAGAACUGGAUCUAAGCGGAGUUAAUCUCCAGGGAUUUCCUGAAGGUUUUUUUGAAAGCUUUUCAAAGUUGACACAACUGACCGUAGCCGAGAACCCCUUCAACUGUCUCUGCCCACUAGCCUGGUUCCCUGUCUGGCUAAAAGAGAAGGAAGUCAAUUUGAAGCGACCAGAGGAAACCAGAUGUCAUUUUCCUCUCGUUAAUGCUGGGAAGACACUUUCGGCAUUAGAGCACAACGACUUUGGAUGUCCACUAACCACAACAGAAUCUGUUGGCUCCCCUGUAGAAAACACCCCAGUUCCCCAAAUCCCUACCACCUCUCCAGAAACCGCGCAUACUAAUGCUAUCCGUCCCCCUUUACCGCCUAGCGAUGAAACUUUUUCCUCCAUAACAGACAACCCAUCCUUUGGAUCAGAUCCUCCAGUGUCUCCCAGCUCUACUGUUGUGAAAAACGAGUUACAUUUCUGCCCACAAAACAUCUGCUUGAAUGGAGGGACUUGCUACUUUGACCCAACUGGCCGACUCAACUGUUUGUGCUCUUCGGGGUCAUCUGGAGACUACUGUGAAAUUCAUAAGGUCGUGCAGCAACAAUCUGAAACAGAGGUCUCUGUAGUGACUUCAGCAAUGCCAGAUAAACUAGAUGCGAUCAGCUCACGGGAGGUGACAUCUACAUCGAUACUCCUUGACCUGCACCACUUCAUCGAGACACGGCCUCACAUUCGUGGCAUCAGGCUGACCUACCGUAACCUCUCAGGCCCCGACCGUCGCCCUCAGAUGCUGAGUUUGCCAACAUACUACCCUGUAUACACUUUACGUGGUUUGAACCCAAACUGUACCUACUUGGUCUGUGUCAGUCCCCUUGGAGAAAAGAUCCUUUAUAAAGGCAACAGCUCUGCAGAACUGGGUCCCUGUACAGAGGCUCGCACUAGUCCUAGCAUCUUUGUAGAACAUUUGGUAGAUCCAGACUCCCCUAUGACAAAGAAUCUCAUUGCAGCGCUGGCGGUUCUAGCAUUAGUCCUAGUGUUGGUUUUGGUGGCAGGUACAAUCAUCUGUUUACAGAAGAAAAGGCAGGCACAUUCAGAAGUGGAGCUGGGCUCAACGGAUCCUGAGGCAAUCGACUUGGAGGGUAAAAAGGUUCAUCUAGAGAACGGAGUCAAUGGUACACUACCUCUCAAACAGCCUGAGGCAGAUCGUUGCCAGACCCCACAACUCCCUCCAUUACUGCAACAAAAUGGAAGUCUGGACUAUGAAGCACCCUUAAUGCAAGGGCACUGUCCAUCAAAUAACAAUCAAGCAACACUGAAGCCGUCUUAUUUCUAACGCUGAGCAGGGUCUAAGCAGAGUUUCCAUUGGGACUUUCUGAACCUGCUAUAUCUCUCUUAGUUUUUUUUUGUACCCAUAGCAGAUGUCCACUAUUGGACUUUGGGCACUUACUGUCCUUUGUUGUCCACAUGAUGAUGAAAUAACAUACCAGAUUAUAUAUUUAAGAGACUCAAAACAAUGGGAUUUCAGAUCACAGCAUAUUCAAAAUGUGCUUAACCACUAUGGGACAAUGAAGAAGACGUGGUUGAAACUCAGUGAAUGGAGGGUGGCAGUGGAACAUCUAAUCCAAUCAAUAAAUCAAGUGCAAUCAAUGAGAAGAGUCUUUGUAGUGGACAGUGACUGCUAGCAGUGACCUACUAUAACUCUGUACCUUUUUUUUUUGCUUAAAUGAAAGAGAGAGACUUUAAUCCUGUUGCUGGAUAUGGGAAUACUGAAACUGAAAAAGUGCCUUCAACUGGAGAAUGCCAGAGGUUUAAAGACAUGAAGACUUUUGAAUCAUAAAUUUUAAUGUUAAAGGACUUUCAAGUACCUGCAAGGGAUUGAAAACAAAAAAGUUGCACUGAAAACUGCAUUUGUGUCUUUUGUGAUGACUGCUGCAAAGCGAAGAUUUGGAGAAGCAACAAUAAAGUUAUGCUCGGAAACUUUCCAAAUUGUUACAGACUGUAACCGCUGGUCAGAGUCUGGAUUCACGUGUUGACAUUGUCUAAUGUAAUAAAAAAACAAAUCUCACAAACACAGAUUUGGGAUUCUGCAGUUUCCCCAAAACUUCCAGUUUCCUACAUGGCAGAGCCUUUGGCUUCUCUGGAAUUAAAUUUACUGUGAAAGAUUAAGUAAAAUGGACAUUAUUUGUAUUAUUCUGUGCCGUUACGGAGAGGCUGUUUAACCAGUUGGUUUCCUGCAUUUUUUUUUUUUUUGUAAAUUUUACUUUUUUUUUUUUUUUGUAAAUAGUCAUUUAGUAUUAAUACUAUUGAGAGAUGAAACAGCAGUUGUUUCUGCUCAAAGGGCACAAUGUCAUUAAGUCUCAUCAUGUCAACGUUUCCUCUUUAUCUUUGUUCAGAUCAAGAUACCUUCACUAAAUUCUAUGUCCAGAAUCAAGAAAAUCGGCUCUUGCAAAACAAAGAAGAGAAAUAUGACCAUGUUAAGUUUGAAACAGAAAACUUGGAUGACAGUGCAUAACGCAAUGUUUUAAGAGAGACAAUAUCUUUUUUGUGUCAAAAAGUAACGCCAGAAUUACUUAUCCACUGGAAAAGCAGUGAUUUGUCUUCAUAUUUUCAAUAAUGACCAUGCAGGUUUUUUUGUUUGUUUUUUUUUUUAUCAGAAAUUUGACAUUUGCCCUUUAAAAAUUAUGUCAUCGUGGUUAUUUUUACUGCUCAUCAUUUUUGUUUACAUGGCCUAAAAGUUUUCUAAGUUACAGUUUGCGUAAAUUACCAGUCUAAUUCUCACGAGACCUUAUAGAAGCACACCAGUAGCAAUAAAACACAAACUUAAAAAUGCACAUAAACAUCCAAAUUUAAUACAAAAAUAGAAUUGUAAUUAACACUAUUGAUAUUUUUCUAUUGAAGAUGUGUAACAUGUUCAGCUCAAAAUAAUGUCUGUAUUUGUUCUCCAUAACAGAGUAACAACAACAACCCUGACAAGAGUAGGAUUCAGUGACGUUUAUAUAUAUCUAGAUAUAUAGAUAUAUAUCUAGAUAU